AUGUAUCUCAAGGUCCUGCCGAUCCGAUACCAGAGCAAUGUCGACUCCUUCGGCGACUGGGUCUCGCUGCUGACGCUGUGCUUCGCGCCCCUGAUCGCCCAUGUGUUCGCCGGCGCGCCGCGGCCGUCGUAUCUGGUCCGCACGCGGCCCUCGUGGCUCGACCAGAUCUGCCUCUUCAACCCGACCUCCAUCAUCUUCCGCUACGGCGCCAUCGUGGAGCGGCGUAUCGGGACCACGCAGUGGACACCCCUCGACGCGGCGGCCACCAACGCCCUCUUCUGGACGCAGCGCGGCUGGGACGGGUCCAAGGCCAUGAUGGCAAACUGUGCCCCGUACUGCACGCUCUCGCCCGAGGCGGCGAGGACGAGGAUCUUCUCGGUGGAGAUGCUGAAGACGGUCAUCACCACCAUCCAAGGCAUCCAGGCCCUGGUGUCUCUGGUCGAAGGUCAGCUCGGCACGUCCCAAGUCCUCCAGGUGGUAGCUCUCGACUCGAUGUUUGGACCGCUGGCCAUCAUUGGCCUGCUGCGUCUCCUUCCGGGCCUGUGGUUGACCGAGGACUUUGUCUUCUCAUCGAAAGACGAACCAGAGACUAGCGAAAUAAACGGCCAUGUGGCAGGAGGCGCAAGGGGGUCCGUGGAUAGCCUUCUGUUGACGCAGGAGCCGUGGAAUGGUGCAGCCCAGCAUUCACGUUUUAGACCCAGUUCUCAUUGGGCCAACCGACUGUUCCAGGUGUUUUAUCUCCUUCUGUUACUGGGGCUGUGGGUACUGGCCGGAUCGUGGACGUUCUUUCACGACAGGUGGAUCACAACGGCGACGUCUUUCGUCGGCGGUACGUUCUACUUCGCGCUGCUCGCGGCAACCAUCGCCAUAUACGCAUACUACCUCGUUCGCAGCCAGACGGACUCGACCAUCAUCCCGUGCGCCUCCCACUGGUGGUACAAGGCAUACAGUAUCAUGGUGGUGCUGUCGAUGGCGACGCUCGUGGUUGUCUCGGCCUUGGAGACGGUCAAGACGGCCUGCGGGGUCUACACGAGCACGCCCCUCAAGAGCGCGGACUGGAUGUGCGCUGUGGGCCCGAGGGUCCAGACCAUAGUAGAGGUCGAUUCUACUUCGGUAGUUGACAAAUCAUUUGGUAUAGCUAUGAAAGAAGACUGGGGCCGGAACCACACAGACCUUGCGCUGGGAGUGGGCGAGUUCUGGGUGGCUAAUUUCACGGGGACUUGUUUGGGCAGAUGGCAGGAAGCCCCCAUUCAGCGCCACGCGUCGACUCUUGGAUUUGCAGACUAUACCAAUGUCACGGGCAAACCGUUUUUCUGA